UUGAAUGUUCACUACAGUAUGUUGAGGUGAUUGAAAGGUUAUUACCCCUAAUAUUCAAUCUCCACUCUCUUUCUCUGUCUCUGUCUACCUCCAGGUUUUGGACGUUACUUCACACUGAGGCGACCCAGCAGAACCCAGUAGAGUCCAGUGAAGGCCUGUCUGCAUAAGCAGAAAUGGCUCCAGCAGCCAUGCCCUCACCUCCAUGCUCCCUCACCUCCCGCCUCUCCCUCUCCUCUUCCCUACUCUUCUUGCUCUCUUUCUUUUUGCUGCUGUCAUACCCCGGGUCAGUCCAUGCAGGCUCCUCUGAGAAAAACUGCUCAGCCAGUGGAGACCCCUGUCAGGAAGGAGUGGUGCUACCUGUGUGGAACCCCCAGAACCCCUCUGUAGGGGACAAAGUGGCACGGGCCAUUGUUUACUUCGUAGCACUCAUCUAUAUGUUCCUGGGCAUGAGCAUUAUAGCGGACCGAUUCAUGUCUUCUAUAGAGGUCAUAACCUCCCAGGAGAAGGAGAUCACCAUAAAGAGGUCGAACGGUGAGACCACCACGGCCACGGUCAGGAUCUGGAACGAAACCGUUUCCAAUCUCACUCUAAUGGCCUUGGGUUCUAGUGCCCCUGAGAUACUGCUGUCUGUUAUUGAGGUUUGCGGCCAUGGUUUUGAAGCUGGCUCUCUGGGUCCCAGCACUAUUGUGGGCAGCGCUGCCUUCAAUAUGUUUGUCAUCAUUGCUGUGUGUGUCUACGUGGUUCCCGAUGGAGAGACGCGCAAAAUCAAACACCUUAGAGUGUUUUUUGUCACGGCGGCCUGGAGCAUCUUUGCCUACAUCUGGCUGUACCUGAUUCUGAAUGUCUUCUCCCCUGGAGAGGUGGAGGUGUGGGAGGCGGUGCUGACCUUCCUCUACUUCCCCCUCUGUGUGGUCCAGGCCUGGGUGGCCGAUAGGCGCCUCCUCUUCUACAAGUACGUCCGCAAGCGUUACCGUGCUGACAAGAACCGCGGCAUCAUCAUCGAGACAGAAGGAGGUGCAGAUGGAGGUUUAGGAGGUAUGGACGGAGGUAUAGGGGGAGGAGCGCUGGGUCCGGGAGGAUUCACCAAAAUGGACAUGCUGGAGCUGGAUGGACAGAUGGCAUUGAACUGUCACAGCGGGAUGGAUGGAGGGAUGUUGGAGGACAGAGGACCAAAGGACGAGGAGGAUGAGGCUAGGAGGGACAUGGCGAGGACGCUGAAGGAGCUGAAGCAGAGGCACCCAGAUAAAGACAUGGAGCAGUUGAUUGAGAUGGCUAAUUACCAGGUCCUGAUGCAGCAGCAGAAGAGCAGAGCAUUCUACCGUAUCCAAGCAACCAGGAUGAUGAUUGGAGCUGGCAACAUCCUCAAGAAGCAUGCCGCCGACCAGGCUCGCAAGGUGGUGAGCAGCCACGAGACCCAGGCCCAGGAGGACGACCCUUACACUGUCAGGAUGGAUUUUGAGCCCUCUUUGUACCAGUGCUUUGAAAACUGUGGCUCCCUAAAGCUGACAGUUGGUAGACACGGAGGAGACCCCGGAGUUACUGUCAAGGUGGAUUAUCGCACAGAGGACGGUACAGCAAACGCAGGUUCAGAUUAUGAGUUCGCUGAGGGAACUCUGCUGUUUAAGCCAGGAGAGACCCUCAAAGAGAUCACAGUCGGGGUGAUAGAUGAUGACAUCUUUGAGGAGGAUGAGUAUUUCUACGUUCACCUCAGUAACCCUCGAGUGGUUGGUUACCCUGAGAUUGGCACUGCCCCUCUGGAUGCCACUGCCACCCCCAAAGCCGUGUUGGGUGACAACCACACAGCCACAGUGACCAUUUACGAUGACGAUCACGCAGGUAUCUUUACCUUUGAGAGCGCCAGUCAGAGAGUGAGUGAGAGCGUCGGUGUGAUGGAGGUGAAGGUGCUCCGGACAUCAGGGGCUCGAGGCCUGGUAGCCGUCCCUUACCGAACCCUGGAUGGCACCGCUAAAGGAGGGGAGGACUACGAACUGGCCGCUGGCAAGCUGGAGUUUCAAAAUGACGAGACUAUGAAGAUCAUUGAGGUGAAGAUUAUUGAUGACGAAGAGUAUGAGAAGAACAAGACCUUCAUCAUUGAGCUGGGGGAGCCCAUCCUGUUGGAGAUAGGACAGAAACACGGUGACUCCAAUGAGAACAAGCCGUUGGUGGGAGCAGAGGAAGAAGAGGUGGCUAAGAUGGGCUGUCCCAGCCUGGGUGAACACACACAAGUAGAGGUGAUCAUAGAAGAGUCCUACGAGUUUAAGAGAGCAGUAGAUGAGCUUGUUUGGCGUGCUAAAAAGAGUACUGUAGAUAAGUUGAUCAAGAAGACAAACCUGGCCUUGGUGGUGGGAAGCAGCAGCUGGAGGGAGCAGUUUGUCAGUGCCGUGACUGUCAGCGCAGGAGAUGAUGACGAGGAGGAAAGCGGCGAGGAGCGACUGCCAUCCUGCUUCGAUUACAUCAUGCACUUCCUCACCGUCUUUUGGAAGGUGUUGUUCGCCUUCGUCCCGCCGACAGAGUACUGGAAUGGAUGGGCCUGCUUCUUUGUCUCCAUAUCACUUAUCGGCGUCCUGACGGCGGUCACUGGCGAUCUGGCAUCACACUUCGGCUGCACGAUAGGGCUGAAGGACUCAGUGACAGCUGUGGUGUUUGUGGCUCUGGGCACGUCGGUGCCAGACACAUUCGCCAGCAAGGUUGCUGCCAUCCAGGACCAGUAUGCUGACGCCUCCAUCGGCAACGUCACCGGCUCCAACGCCGUCAACGUCUUCCUGGGUAUCGGCGUGGCGUGGACCAUCGCUGCCGUUGCCUGGCGCUCCAAGGGCAAGACAUUCAAGGUGGACCCAGGAAACCUGGCCUUCUCCGUCACCCUCUUCACGAUCCUGGCCGUGGUGUGUGUCACCGUACUGCUGUACCGGCGGCGGGCGACAGUGGCUGGGGGCGAGCUGGGCGGGCCGCGGACUUGCAAGUUGAUAACGUCACUGCUGUUCGUCUCGCUGUGGCUGAUUUACAUAAUGCUGGCUUCUAUGGAGGCCUACUGCCAUUUACCAGUGUUUUAAAUGGAGAGGAGAGGAGAGGGAGAGAGACCCACUGCCAGUAUGAAGAAAGAGAGAGAGAGAGAGAGGCAAGGGAGGGGGGGGAUGGAUGAGUCGUCAGAGAGGGACAGAGACAAGAAGAGAUGGGAAGUAGAGGUGGAUCAAUAUGGGCAGAUUCAGAUAUUUUUUAAUUGAAUUUACAGAUCCUAAAAAUGUCUUUAAAUUCAAAAAACGCUUUCAGUGUUUCACCAUUUUUCUCUUUCCAUUUUAGAGUGGAAAAUAAUUUAAACCAUCACUAAACACUAAAACUAUCCAAUAGUAUCCAAACUAAUUUCUAUUUUUCUUAAUCAUCUAUUCGGUGAUGAGGAAAAUUCUAGGAAAAAUAAAGCCUCUGAAGUAAGAAUGACGUAACAUAAGGUAUUAAUGAACAAUGAAGUGGAAGAAAAAAAUUGCAAUGCAGGUUUCAAAGAGUGCUUUUAUGUAGUUGCCUCAAUCAUCCAUCAUCAGCAGUGGACAACACUGUUAAAUAGUUAAUAAAAGGCUGAUAUUGCUCCAGUACACUGCCAAACCAGCAAGAUAGAGGAAACAACAGACAGCAAGGAGAGCUGUCAGCCAAUCAGCUGGGCUCUGAAGGGAGAGGUGAUGGUGAAGAGGAAGAAUUAUUGUGGAAGAUAAAAGGGGAAAAGUUGAGAUAGGAAGCUGGAGGCAACAAAAGUAGAGCAAAGAAUAGAAGAAGAAAGCUAGAGACCAGGGGAGUGAAACAAAGUGAAAGAAUAAGAAUGAAUAGAUGGACAGAAAUAUUCUACCCCUCCUCACUCUCUCUCUCUCUCUCCCUCCAUCUUUACUGUAUCCCAUCGGUCACAGGAACAGUGGAUCCUCCCAUCAUAUCCAUGGCAACUCUAACUCACGUAAUACUAUCAGUGACUUAUCACUUUUAACCCCUCUUUCCCCAACUGUUCACACACACAUACACACAUACACACACAAACACACUCUGGGGUCCUCAGGUGAAUCUGCAGUGGAGGACCACUCACUAACUUGUGGGUGAUGAAAACUGACAACGUUUUUUCCUUCUUUUCUUGAAUACACUGUGCAAAGUAGUCCUUCCACCCUGCAACACACACACACACAUACUGUACUAUCCUUUUCCUAAAAACACAACUGUACAUACUCCUUCAUCCCUUCCUCUUGCCUUACUCUUCUCUCCCCUGUAGGAAUUUGUCUCAAAGUUGUGAUAAUGAAAAGCUGUAGUCACCACCGCCAAGCCCCUCUCCUUAUACACCGAUCAACAGCCUCGUUUAUCCCAUGAAGGAAACCCCCCUUAUUUUUUCAAAACUUUUCAAUGGCGUCACGUGUUGAUGUUGUUACCGUGAAAUUGUAAAAAAAAAAAAAGGAAAAAAAAGAUAUAUAAUAUAAAUACAGUGUGACGAGAUGAGGAUAUAGAAAGUUAAAGCAGGUUUUCUGGAAGACUGGAUGUGACGUUGAAUAUUGAAGAUGAAGGUGAUGGAUUAGCAAACAACAAGUGGCAGGAAGAAUUCGAGAAAAUGAUAAAUGACGAAGAGGAGCGAUCAGACGUGGAGGAUUUGAAAAUCUGGAGAACCAACGAGCAAGCAGUCCACCUAGUAAUAGUUGUUCAUCUUGCACUGAAGCAUUGUGCACUACACAUCAUGGGUAUAUUGUAUACACUCUGAACUCUCAUUGAAUGGUGAACAAAAGCUGCUUCCUUAAAGUGAACAACUAGAGUCAAGGACCAAUAAGAAUGAAGGAUCUCACUUGCAGUGGCCAUGACGGUGGUGACAGUAUUGUUGAUGACAAAUCAAAACAAUGAACAGUGUUUCUAAUUGUACAUGAUAAUAUAAGAAACUUUUACUGAUGUGUGUGAGAAAACAGAUAUUUAAUUUAAGUGAUGUUAAAGGACCAGUGUUUAGGAUUUAGUGGCAUCUA